UCUGACCUCUGCUAACCCUUCCCUCUCUGCUCCCCUCCUCCUCCCCCGUGGCGUGGCAGGUCUCUCAGAAGUGCCUCCCUGGCACCCGGGCAGAUGGGACAGUGAUGGUCUGAGGCAGCAGGGAGGUGCUGGAGUGUGGGAUGUUGCGCUGGACGGUGCACCUGGAAGGAGGCCCGCGGAGAGUGAACCAUGCAGCCGUGGCCGUGGGCCACAAGGUGUACUCCUUCGGGGGCUACUGUUCUGGGGAGGACUACGAGACGCUACGACAGAUCGACGUCCACGUCUUCAACACCGUGUCUCUCCGCUGGAUGAAGCUCCCCCCGGUGAGAACCGGCGGUCGUGAGCAUGCCAGGGAGGUUCCCUACAUGCGUUACGGCCACACAGCCGUGCUGCUGGAGGACACCAUCUACAUCUGGGGAGGCAGGAACGACACAGAGGGAGCCUGCAACGUGCUCUACGCCUUCGACGUCAACAGCCACAGGUGGUUCACUCCCAAGAUCUCGGGGACGGUGCCUGGGGCUCGUGACGGCCACUCUGCCUGCGUCAUGGGCAAGGCCAUGUUCAUCUUCGGGGGCUAUGAGCAGCUGGCCGACUGCUUCUCCAACGACAUCCACAAGCUGGACACCACCACCAUGGCCUGGUCUCUCAUCAACGCCAGAGGAACCCCGGCACGAUGGAGAGACUUCCACUCUGCCACCAUCAUCGGGACUAAAAUGUUUGUAUUUGGAGGCCGAGCGGACCGCUUCGGUCCCUUCCACUCCAACAACGAGAUCUACUGCAACAAGAUCAAGGUGUUCGACACAGAGACCAGCUGCUGGCUCAACACACCCUCUGCACAACUACUGCCUGAGGGAAGACGCAGCCACUCAGCCUUCUCGUGUGAUGGGGAGCUCUACAUAUUUGGAGGCUACAAUGCCCGCCUGGACCGCCACUUCAACGACCUUUGGAAGUUUAACCCAGAGGCGUUCUCCUGGAGGAAGGUGGACCCCCGAGGAAAAGGCCCAUGUCCCAGGAGGAGACAGUGCUGUUGCAUGGUGGGAGAUCGCAUCAUCCUGUUCGGAGGAACCAGCCCCUGUCCAGAGCAGGGCAUGGGGGACGAGUUCAACCUGAUGGACCACUCAGACCUGUACAUCCUAGACUUCACCCCUAAUUUGAAGACGUUAUGCAAGAUAGCUGUUAUACAGUACAGCCUGGAGCAGUCUGGGCUGCCCCAUGAUAUCAGAUGGGAGCUGACAGCCAUGACCACCAACAGCAACAUCAGCCGGCCCAUCUUCUCCUCUCACGGCUGACCCCGCCAGCCUCCUGAGGAACCACAACCUUCUCUCAGCCUUUCAGGAACACUGGCUCUUUUACUCAAGCUGGUCUGGACAGACUUUUUGUCCAGUUUGGAUCAGGACUUUUGGGUUUUGCUAUAUCCCAAGACCCAACAGCGGCUGAACUGUCCUGGUUGGUACAGAACACUGAGGGACUCUGGUUUCUAAUGUUUCUGAAAGGUGCUCCUCUGUGUUUUGGUUGUUCCAUUAUACAGAACUCAAUGAAAAUCAAGUUGACUAUUUAACAUGACAGUAUUAUGUGCAGAAAUAAUCAUUCAACACUGAAUGUUUGUUAUUUUUUGUAAUGAAGAUUUUGUUUUUCUCACCGCUCUGAAGAGUUAGAGACUGUCCACAACGGAACAACAACUCUCUCGCAUCUCUCUCGCCUCUCUCUCGCCUCUCUCUCUCUGCCUCUCUCUCUCUGCCUCUCUCUCUCCAGCCUCUCAAGAAAUCUAAUCAGCCUAUGAUAAUCAUGAAUUUUAAAUAUACACUGAGGAAAAGGUGAUGUACAGAGAGGAAGGUUGUUGGUCGUCCCUCUGGAGUUUGUCUCUCCCAGACGUCUGCUCGUGGGCCUCAUGUUUAACCACCCUCUGACACCAACUCUCAUCUCUCUGUACAAAGCUGCUCCUCCCCAGAAGCAGUGUGUUCUGGAUCUAAACACACCUGGCUCAGUACAGAGGUGCCAGUGACCUCAAGGUCACAACAGUAUGUUACCUGUGUUCUUGUUUCAGUAUGAGGGAUUUUACUCUGCAGUGCUCUGAUAGGCAGCUUGUCUCUUCACCUGCCCAUCACAAGGGGCUGGCGAGGUCCUUUUGAAUGAUCCAAAGUGUUGCCUUGUAGAGAGAUCCAACCUUUUCCUGACACCAGUCUCAGGUUUAUCUAACGUUGCUCCACUAUUCAUUUUCUAGUUAAAAUGUAUUUCCCCUCGUAAACAGCCCUCAUGAUUAUUAGAACAGUCUCUCUAGGGGUUUGAGAACAUGGAUUCUUCCAGCUGCUCAGUGCCAUUAGUUGGGCAGCUUUCCACUCACUAUUUGUCUCAUUUUUCCAGUUAGUUGUUUUUUGUUUUAGUGCCAAAUAUACAUUUUAAUCAGAAUGAGGGGUUGAAAGGUGUGUAGUUGGUGUUUACCUGUGUAACACGUGGCCCUCGCUACACCUGGACGAUACUGGCCGGACCAGAGGACGCUGAAGCUCUGCUCUGUUCAGCCUGCUGUGAAGGAGAACAUGUCUGCUGUACUGACCCUUCUCUCAUCAUGGAGCAGCCAUGGACACUAUGCCUGGCAGCCAUGUGAUGUCAUGCAGCUCAUGAGACACAUGCGUCUUUGAGUCAACGUGACUCUUGGCCUGCCGCUCCGCUCCAACAAAAAGGAUGUUCAAGGGUUAUAUUCAGGGUUUGGGUUAUAUUUAGGGCUGAUUUGAGGAACAUCCAUAAGAACAAACAACAACAAAAAACUAUUCAAUAAAAAUACUUUGAUCAAGAUCAAAGUAUUUAAGUAUCACUGCAGAUGUGAGAAAGUACAUAAUUCUUUAACUAUUGGUUUUAAAAUCUGGUUGGUUUGGUAUUUUGGUUUUAGCAGUUACAGAUCAAGCCAUUUUCCAUGUCUGGCCUGAUCUCUUCCGUGGUGGUGUAGUUCCUGUGCUCCCAGCUGCUCCAGAUCAGCUCCACUCAGGAGAGACCUCCCGAAUCAGCAGGCUCUUCCUGUCUAAACAGGAAGUACCGUACACUAAAGGUCUACACUAACUGGUGUCCUCUCCUGUCCAGGCCUAACGGAAGGACAUGCUCGUGCUGCUUCUUGCCUCAGUUUCAUUAGACUGUUUACUCACAGGAGGUUAGAGAAAUUAUGUUUGUAGAAGGUGUAUUCACAGACCAGCAGUGCCAACGCGACUCAGAGAGUCUAGUCCCCUUGCUACAGAGGGAGAGGGACACGUCACCCAGGGGGAAUCCCUCCACCCUGCACUGUCCAGCCAUGUAGUGGCCAAAGCUCUCAAUGGGUCUGCCUAUGAGUUAAACAGCAAAAUAAAUGGACAUGGAAAAUGA